CUCUCGCGCCGCCCUCGGCGGCUGUCGUGGUUUCACACCCCCCGGACUCAUUUCCAGAAAUGGAUUUCCUCCCACAAGGGCUUGUGUGUAAAAGCCUCAGCUGAGCGGGUUUGAGCUCACUCAUCGCCAGGGGGUUACUGAGAGCAUGGAUUAGCUGCUGCCUCGCUCUGCGCUGGGCUGCGACCAUCUCCCAUGAGUAACCCCCGUACCCUGCCCCGGUAUGAGCUGGUUCUCUAGGGCUCGAGGAUGGGGAGCUGGGCCCUGAAGGUGGCUGGGGGCUUUCUGGCUGCACUGCUGCUGACCGGCAGCGGGUUUCCGUUGUUGGGCACCCUGAAGCCACGAGCAGCCAGGACUGGCAGUGAGCCCAGGAGGGCGAGGAGCCCGGCGGACUCUGCACUGGGGCUGCACCAUCACCAGCAGCACCAGAGACUCAUUGCUAGACACAACUGUGCACCUGACGACCCCUUGUACUCGCCAAGGCGCUGCUGCCAGACGUGCCCGGCAGGGAAGUUUAUGACGGCUCCCUGCACGAGCCGUGGCUACGACACGGCCUGCGAGCGCUGCCCACCCGGCACCUACCUCUCCUUCCAGAACCUCGAGCGGGAAUGUCGAAAGUGCUCCGAGUGCCAAGCGGAAGCUUCCCAGGUCGUGCUGAAGAACUGCACCGAGACCAGCAACAUCGAGUGCGGCUGUGGGGCCGGCCACUUCAUGCAGUGCACAGACCCUGCCUGCAGAGACUUCACCUGCCAGGAAUGUCGCCGGUGCAAGGGCAGGGGCACCCGUCACAACUGUUCAGAGAAGGAGGAUGCCCAGUGUGGGGAUUGCCAGCCUGGCUUCUACCUGGAGGGCAGCGAGUGCCGAGCAUGUGCCACCCAGAUCCCCGAGAAGUGCGGCGAAGGGUGCGGCAGGCCAUGUGGUGGCAGCAGCCAAGGCUUUGGGCUGGAGUACAUCCUGCUGGGCCUCGUGGGGCCCCUGUUCCUGGGAGCACUUGUCAUCUACCACAAGAGGAGGACGCUCAGUAAUGAUUCCCCAGCAGCCGCAGGUGAGGCCGCAGCAGUUAAAGACUCGACGCUGCAGCAGGCCUCAGCGUGUCCUUCUGGCUCCGCGGAAAAGCUCCUGGAGUCGCAGGGUUUGCUCCACCUUCAGGUCACGGAGGCAUCGCAAGUGAACGGCAACGCCUGUCCAGUCAGGCCCCUUGGCGGCCAGGACACCUGGGAGUCACCCGCGGAGCCCCAGGACACAGCAAGGCCCCUCCCAGGCAUUCUCCCGCAGGGCAGCAAGCUGUACGACAUCAUCAACACGGUGCCUGUGCGGCGCUGGAAGGAGUUCAUGCGGGUGCUGGAGCUGCACGACGGCGAGAUCGAGGUGGUGGAGCUGGAGUUCGCCCACGUCCGGGACCAGCAGUACGAGAUGCUGAAGAGGUGGUACCAGCAGAAGAAUGCCACGCUGGAGUCCAUCUUCUCGGCCCUGGAGCGCAUGGAGCUGGCCGGCUGCGCUGAGGAGCUGAGGCAGCGGCUGCAGAGGUGCCCAUGAGCCUGCCCAGCAGUGAGCGGCUGACGCUGCUAGCCAGGGCUGGCUUCCCCGGCUCCCCUCUAUGGGCUCUGACUUGGGAUGGGAAGGAGAAAGCCUCUCCCAGGCCAGCGGAGCCAGCCCUGCUGUCACUGCGGGCAGGGCCUGCCAUGGCCUGGUGCUUGCAGGAGCCCUGUCAGCAGAUCUGGCUGCUGCCCUACAACCAGGAAGCUGCAUCCCUGGACCCUAGUGAUGGAGGGCAGAUCUCUGAGUGCCCUGAGCAAUGCUGUGCCCGGGGCCAGCGAAGGCGCACGUCACUCCUCUGCAAAAUGGCGGCACUGGGUUGAGAGGGGACACACAGCAGGCAUCACCGCUCCCUCCCCUUCAAGGAAAGCCUGUAAGUGCCACUUGGCUUCACAUCUCAGCCUACGAGGAGCCGGGUGUGCGGAUGGCAGCGGUCACCCUGCAAAGGACAGCGGGGGAAGCAAUGCACCCCCGGAGCAACAGACUUGGUGGUGGCAGCAGACCAAGGCAGGCAGAGGGACGGUCUCAGCAUCAUUGUCUCUAUGCUGCUGCUGAGUCGUGCUUCCCUUGCCCGGCCCUCAGCCACAGCUGGACUCCAUUUCCAAACGGGACUCUCCAGGGGCACAGACGCUGCCAGAACUGGGGGGCAGAAACCCCGCCCCACAGGACGCAGGCCCUGGAGAACCCUCUGCGCCCUCCCCAGCUGUGCCCAGUGGCAGGAUGCAACAGGCACUUCUCCCACAACCCCAGCUUUCCCUCUGAAGGGGUAAUUGGGGGCCUGCUGGAAAGUCCCUCCCAUCCUGCUAGGUUUACAAAUCAAACCCUGCUCAGCUGGCUCCAGGCACAGGGAAUGGAGCAUCCCCAGCUGGUUUGCAUUAAGCAGCCCUAGCUAGACUGAGCACCCUGGAGCAGCGCAGGGCUGGGGCUGGAGCACCUGCUGGCAGCUUACUGCUAACUCUCACAGCUGAGGCUGGGAGUCUGGGCAGCUUCCUCGAUCCCCUUGGCUAAGGAAGGGAGCAUGUCUCCUGGCUAUUCAGGGCACCAGGCAGUCCCCUGGGCCCUGCCACUGAGUCAGGGCAGGAUCCUGGGCCAGUCAGCUCACCGCUGUGGCCCCAUUUCCCCGUGUGGGAUGCUGCUAACCUCCGUUGGGCAGUGGGAGCUCACUGAGCCCCGGGGGUGGGAGGCGCUGCCGCAAAGGGCUGGUUCUAGUGUCAGUGUCCAGGCUCCCCGGGAGGAGGGGGCUCAGGACCAAGCCAGAUCAGAAUUGAGCUGAGGGGGCUCCUGGAGCCCCGGUGCUGAGAUGGCCUCGUCCUGUGCCCAUUGCUGACCUGACAACACUAGCAGAGGGGUGACUCCGCUAGUGCUCCCUCUGGGCUCAGCAUCCCUUGGGGCUCCACACUGCCCGUACUUGAGUCCCUCGCCUGGCCCCAGCCUGCCUAGCAACCUUAAGCCACCUCGGGGAGAUGACAGCUUGCCCAUCUGGGAGCCUCGCUCCAGGGCUUGCCAUCUCUGCUGAAAAAGCACUUUGUGUAUGUGCCUGUGUGGCCAAACUCAGGAAGAAAAGUCUAGCUGCCCCCCACCCCAGAAACAACAUGCUCUGGCACAGAGCCUUAAAGGGAAGGGAGACUGGGUGGUAUGGCCCCGGAGACCUGCCUUGCUGGCUAGCUACAAGAUUCACCCAUCACGUGGGAGCCUUUAAAAGCAGCCUGGCUCCAUUACUGCCACCUGGGGCCUCUGCUGGCCCCAGGUGGAGGCAGGUUUUCC